AUGUCUUCAUUUGUUCCAUCAACCAAGUUGGCAAGAGAAAGAGCUUUGGAUAAAUCAACAUUGCCUCCGAAGAAAAUUAAGAUUUAUUAUGAUGAGGAUGCAUUCGUUCCAUUAGGAAAACAAAAGAAAGGAUCAUGGUUAGUUGAACAUAAGGAAGUCGGGCAAACCUUUCCAUCCUAUGAAAGAGGUUCAUUCAAUAGGAUCAAAGGAUCAAAACAAAAUGUAAUUUAUAUUUGCUGUUUGGAGGAAUUUCCAGAAGAUCAACCUACCAGAUAUCCAUCCAUGACCAUUCUAGUUGAAUUUCUUAAGAAAUUCUAUUGGGGAGUUGAAGUUAAGCUAUUCAAAGAUCCAACAGGUUACAAAACAUUUCCAACCCGACUUAAUGACGGAGUUGAACAAUACAAAGCCCCUGACAUUCUCAAAUAUCUCAAAAAGGUCAUUCCCAAGGAUGCUUACUGUAUCAUUGCAGUAACAAUGGUAGAUCUGUAUCCAAGGGAUGAGUGGAAUUUUGUCUUUGGUUUUGCCUCUUUAGAGGAGAGAGUAGGAGUUUUUUCAUUUGCAAGAUAUCAUCCGGAUUUCUAUGGUGAGGACCAUUCACAAUCUCCCUCAGACAUUGAGAGAAAUAUAUUGAGGAGGAGUUGCAAAGUGGCUUCUCAUGAGAUUGGACACAUGUUUGGCUUUAAGCACUGCAUCUAUUACAAGUGCGCAAUGAAUGGCUCAAAUCACAUGGAAGAGAGUGAUGAACGUCCAUUAGAGUUGUGUCCAGUAGAAUUGAGGAAAUUGCAACACUGUAUUGGUUUUGAUGAGAAGGAAAGAUAUCAGCAAUUGUUAACUUUCUUCAAAAACCAUCCUCAAAUGUUCUCUUCAGAAAUUCAAUGGUUCACGGAGCGAUUGGAGUACAUUAACUAA